CCUCUGUAAAAAUGAUAAUAUCCAAAUUCGUCCUAAAUUUUUCUUGGCAGGCUAAACAUCAAAAGGUCUCCCUGUUUGAUGGCAUACAUUCCAGAAUCACCCAGUCUUGCUUAAUUUAUAAUAUAAAUUAUCGAUAAACCCAUCAAAUUCAUUCUGCUCUUAAACAAAUAUUAUUUCAUGAAAGUUUGCUCCAUUCCCCAUACCAAUCAAUAAUCUCACCUCCCCUAUAUCCCUCCUCUUCGUUGACCAUAAACCCAGAUCUCAAACUCUCAUUCCUGGAUCCGAUGAAGAUACAGUGUGACGUUUGCAGCAAAGGCGAGGCCCUCCUCUUCUGUUGCGCCGAUGCAGGUCUUCCUCCUCUGCCGACGCCUGCCGACGGCAGCGUCCACCACGCGAACAAGCUUGCGAGGAAACACCGCCGCUUCUCGCUCUCGCCAGCAGAACAACCUCGGCCCCUCUGUGACAUCUGCAAGGAGAGGAGAGGUUUCGUGUUCUGUCAGGAGGACCGGGCGAUCCUUUGCAGGGACUGCGACGAUCCGAUUCAUAGUGCUAAUCAACUCACCAUGAAACACAGCAGGUUCUUGUUGACUGGUGCUCGGCUGUCAGCCGCACCCUUAUCCGAGAAAUCCAUAAACGUCGAAAAAUCCUCGGUCAUGAUCGGCAACAACAAUGAAAACAGCAGCAGCAGCAGCAGCAGCAUAUCGGAAUACUUGACGAAGACAAUUCCAGGUUAUCGUGUUGAAGACUUGCUCGUCGACGACACGUAUGAAUUACACAAGAGUGAGGAGAUGGUGCCUCUUUCGGAGAGUGAGCUAGUUGUUGCAGAGUUGCCCAUCUGGGUACCUCAAAUUCAGACCCUGCAGAGUUUUGGUCACUGUGACUAUGGGUUUGGGGUGAAGGGAUUGGAUCAGAACCAACAGUGUUAUGAUGCGUUGAAGGGGAUAGGAGAACAGUGGAGUACUGAUGACUCCUUCAUGGUUCCUCAGAUCAAUACUCCUCCUUCGAGCAGCAAUAAGAGGCCUAGAGUUUCUUCAGCUUGGGAUUUCUAGCCUAGUUGCUUUGUUUGAUCUCUGUCUUGGGGAUGUAUUCUCUGUUCUGUUCUCAGUUUGUUUGAUUUUGAUGCUGCAAUAGAACUUUUUGGGGCUUGUGUUGUAUCCGUCUCAACUUUUGUGUGAUAUUAGAAUCCUCUAAUCAAUCACCUAUGUUGAUUUC